GGUUUCGGUUUUGGUUUCGGUUUGUGGUUCGGUUUUGCUCAUCCCUAGUACACCAUAUUCAUUUUCCGGCCAAAGACAGCCCCCGAUCCGACAGCCCAGAAUCUAGCCAAACCACAAAAUCCUCCGAUGCAAAAACCCAACAUAUAAAUCUCCCGACACACACACAAUGAAACGCCCUCCAAUCCGCUUAUUACCCGACACAAAAUGGCUAAUAAUGCCCUCUCUCCUCAUCUCAUCUCUCUUCAUCUUCCUCUACCUAACCCUAACCCUAACCCCCCACCCCCACCACUCCGAUCACACUUCCUUCCCCCAAACCCAUCUCUCCGAUUCUUCAAAUCUGCCUCGAUUUGCGUACAUGAUUUCGGGUACUAAAGGGGAGGGCUUGCAGCUGAAAAGGCUGCUUCAGGCUGUGUAUCAUCCCAGAAAUUACUAUUUGUUGCAUCUCGAUAUCGAGGCUUCGGAUAGCGAGAGGCUUGAGCUGGCUAAGUAUGUCAAGUCGGUGGAGGUGAUGGGGAAUGUGAUGGUGAUUGGGAAGCCGGAUUUGGUUACGGUCAAGGGGCCGACGAUGAUUGCGUGUACGCUUCAUGGUGUUGCGGUGUUGUUGAAGAAGGCCAAGGAUUGGGAUUGGUUUAUUAAUCUGAGUGCUUCGGAUUAUCCGUUAAUGGGACAAGAUGAUAUGCUGCACAUUUUCUCCUACUUGCCUCGAGAUCUGAACUUCCUUGAACACUCUAGUACAAUCGGCUGGAAAGAGAAUCAGAGAGCAAGACCGAUCAUUAUAGACCCUGGCUUAUAUCAUUUGAAGAAAUCUAGUGUGUUUUAUGCCAAAGAGAAACGAUCAAUGCCUGUUUCGUUUAAGCUAUUCAUGGGUUCUGCGUGGGUAAUGCUUACAAGAUCAUUUCUCGAAUUUAGUAUAUGGGGAUGGGACAAUCUUCCCCGGACUCUUCUCAUGUACUACACAAAUUUCUUGUCAUCCCCUGAGGGGUACUUCCACUCGGUGGUCUGUAACCACAAGGAUUACCAGAACACAACAGUGAACCAUGACUUGCAUUAUAUAAGAUGGGACAAUCCACCUAAACAACAUCCUAUUAGUCUCACGAUAGAACAUUUUGAAGGCAUGAUCCAGAGUGGUGCACCUUUUGCUCGCAAAUUUGAGAAGGAUGAUCCUGUUCUUGACAAAAUUGACAAGGAAGUCCUGAGGAGAUCUAGUGGCUGGUUAACCCCUGGGGGUUGGUGUGCAGGAAACUCUGCUCAAGGCAAAGAUCCUUGUUUAGUUUAUGGAAGUUCUGAUGCGAUUAGACCAACUUUGAAUUCAAAGAGACUGGAAAGCCUUGUUCUGGAGCUCCUCAGUUCUGAAAACUUCAGGGCUAAACAAUGUAAAUAACGUCAACUACACAUUUGUUGUUUGAUCCCUCGUUGAUUAAAAUUUGUAAUCCAUUUUUUACCGUGGUUCAAUAGUUCAUCAGUUCAUAUCAUAACUUCGGAAUUAAGCAUUUCACAAGAUGUUUUUUUA